AUGGAGCUGCUCGGACUGUUGCUACGUCUCGUUGGCGCGCUGUUCCUGGUGGCUACACUGAUCGCUUUGCGUGUCUGGCAGGUGGUUGUCCCUCAGCGGGUCAAAGCGUGUGUCUCCAGCUACUCGAAGUCGUUUUUCUACCAGCAGAAUGCGGCCAAUGGCAAGAAUGCGAAGCGCCAGAUCCGCGUCAUGGCUGUACUGGGCUCUGGCGGCCACACGACGGAGCUGCUUAAGCUUAUGAAGAGACUCAAGAGAGAAAUCUAUACGCCUAUUACAUUCGUAGUGGCCGAGACGGACAAAACCAGUCAGGCCAAGACCGAACUGGACUGGAAGCCUACGCAGAGAGACUCUUUCGCCAUUAUCCCACGCAGCCGAGAGGUAGGGCAGUCGUGGUCGUCUACAGUGUGGACUACGCUACGCUCGUUCCAGUCGUGUCUGGGUCUGGUGUACAACCGUCGCCCGCAAUUGGUGCUUUGCAAUGGACCUGGCACUUGCAUCCCGAUCUGCGCGGCGGUGCUGUUGUUCCGUGUGUUGGGCAUCCAGACAGACUCGAAGAUCAUCUUCUGCGAGAGUUUCGCGCGUGUACAGCACUUAUCUCUCACUGGCAAACUGCUCUACUACGUAGCAGAUGAGUUCGUCGUACAGUGGCCGCAACUGCAAGCGAAGUAUCCACGCACAAGACACCUAGGUGUCAUUUGCUAGAGAGCUGCCGAGUUGACACUUCUGGCUGCUGCAACUACGAGAAUGAUACAGAAUGGGCCACACAAGUGCUCUUACUAAGCAUGCACCAUCGUUACACAUGCGAGCAAGACAGCGAGGCCCUGCAGUGCACUCCCGUCCUCACUGCGUGCAUACUCAGGUUUCAGACUAACUGAUAGUCAGUACAAAUGUACCACUUACAGCGUU